AGCCGGUCCGUGGUCACAUCAAAUAUGGAUCAAAAGAGGCGCAAUUAAAAUCCAAAAUAAUCCAGACCCACAUAAAAAUGGCCUCUGGCUCAGUGCGCAGGGACAAUUUGUCCUCCCACCGGCAUUGGUACCAAUUGCCAUUCAGGAAGCGCAUGGUCAAGACCAUGUCGCUAGGGGGGAGAUAUUGAGACGACUGCAAGCAGUCUGGUGGUCACCAAUGUUGGCACACAGAGUUGAUGGAUGGAUAAAUGCAUGCACGGUAUGUAACACGAAUAAUGUCAGGAGAGCGUUCACGACGCCGUUAGCACAUGUUCCGGUGCCUGAAGGGCCAUUUCACCAUCUACAAAUGGAUUACAUAGAUAUGAUAGACAGAAAGAAUGGUUACAGGUACAUUCUUGUGGUUGUGGACAGGUUUACCAAGUGGGUGGAAGCAGUUCCAACAAAAGGUCCAGAUGCGAGGUCAGCAGCUAAGUUUCUGUGUAAAGAAGUUUUUCCACGGUUUGGAAUACCAGAUGUAAUGAGCUCUGACAAUGGUCCGCGUUUUACAGCUAAUGUGAUGAAAAUUGCCAUGAAAAUGUUAGGAAUUAAGCAGAAAUAUGGCUGUGUGUAUCACCCUCAGUCACAGGGACAAGUAGAACGAGCUAAUGGAGUUUUGAAGAGCAAAAUCACAAAAAUUAUGGCUGACAGUGACCAUAAGCUAAGCUGGGUGGAGGCGUUGCCACUUGCUUUGAUGAGCAUGAGAACACAGUGUAACAGACUAACCCACCUAACACCGCAUGAAGCACUAACAGGGAGACCGAUGCCGGUCCCCUUUUACAGAGGACCCUAUGAGGGGCCUCCGCUUGAACAAUAUCAACAUGAAUUCACCUAUUAUCUGAAACAUCUAACGCAAAUAUACAAGGCUAUCUUCCAACAGGUCAAAACUGUGAUAGAGGCUAAGGCCACACAGUUCCCACCACUUCCCUCAGCAGGCGUGGCUCCCAGGUGACCCUUCUGAGCAAUGGAUGUCUCGGAUGCACGACCCGUCUCCUGCGCAGGGACCAAGCAUACUGCAGGAGCUGUUGGAACAACCCGCACCACCAAAACCAGGGCCAGGGAAUCAACAGGUGAGACCAUCCAAGUCUACUGCCAAAACUCCCCGGCACAUGCAGCAGCCAGUGGCCCAGAAGUCUCUACAGCGCCAGUGGGAGGAGCAGAUGAUGAUUGGAGAAGGAUGGCCGGCGACUGAGGAUAUUGACGAAUCCUCCUCAUCGGACGAGGAGGAGAAGGAGGCCAACUACGUCCUAUUGCAGCCAGGGGGAGCAGCAGAGGCAUUGGCAAAAAUGUCCAUGGCGGCCUUCUACAGGUACCUGAAGGGCCGUACCCCUGAAGAGGUUGCCAACCUCCGGAAGGAAAGGGCCAGAAUCAAGGCCCGGAUCAACUGGGCAGCAAAGCGUGACCGCCUCGAAGCGGCUGCAGCACAGAAGAGAGUGUGGGCUAGCACCAGGAAGACGCUGGAGAGAGCAUGGGCUGUUGAAAGAGAGGCAAUGAAACAGGAGUGGGCCAGCGAGCGGGAGAGAUUGCUGGCCAGAUGGAGGCACGAGAUGGAAAUCCGGGUUGACAAACAAACCCAGGUGAGGCGCCUCCUACGUGAGCUGGAAAUCUACAGACGCCACACUCGGGAACUCUCCCCUAAUGCGCCAUGUCGUGUGGCACUAACACGGGCAUUGGCUGAUAUGAUCGCCGACGAAGACAACCUGCCCACUCACCGCAGCCCAGCACCCUCUCCUCGAAGCCCAUCACCCUCAUAUUCACCCACCACUCCUAUCCGCUUACCCAGCCCUGAUGAGGGACCCGGGGUCCCUAUCCUCUACAUCUGAGACCUUCCCGGACCUGAGGAACGCUGAGAACCCCAUCACCAGGCAUCACAUGUAACCUCUCCCUGGUGGUGGCACUCCACUGUGCGUCUGGCACAUGGAGCAAAAGAUCUUCAUCUCAGCAGAUUUAAUUUCUUUUUACCAUGGUAUAAUCAUGUUUACUUUAUAUGACUCAAAAUGUGUGAUGUAUUGUAGCUCCCUUUUGGAGAUUUCAUAGUAAAGGUUUAAUUGUCACACUACAUUUGAUAAAGUUAGUCAAACACUAGUAAAGGUUUAAUUGUCACACUACAUUUGAUAAAGUUAGUCAAACACUGGUAAAGGUUUUGAUUGUCACAUUACAUUUAUCUACUGUAUCACCGCACUAAGAUUUGUGUGAAUAUAUACUGGACCAGUGUGCUGGAAUUAUAUAUCCUGUGUGACCUCAUAUAUAUAUACUACUGUAACGCUAAAACGCUUGGGAAACGAGUUUAAGGCUUGCACCUAGUCCUUGUGAGAGCUGGCAUAACUCCCACUUAAGCUGUAAAAAUGGAUCCUUGUCAAUAGUGAUAAAGUGAACCUAGUAGGGUGGCUACGGCCAUCUUUAGACGGCGACAUUACUGAGAUGUGACUAAUUAAGUCACAUAGGGGGGAUAAUGUAGAGUAAAUAAUGUGGUGAGAGUUAAGCUAGUAUCUCUUUAUGAGGGUCUCUAGAGGGACUAUGUAGCUAUUUGUAUGACAAAGUGUGAUUAAAUAAUGUAACCCUGAGUGAUCUAUAUGAUGUUAUAUGUAUAAUCAAUAUGCUGCAGAGAUUUAACUUAAAGGUGGAGAAGUACUGGAAGAGAGGAGAAGUAGAAUAAGGCCUAGAUAAGAAUGUUAAGUUUGUGCCAGAAAAACACCUGUGAUCUUUCACCAGAGAUGUUCAUUAGAGUGCUGGUAAGAAUAAGAGAGAAGCAAGAAUAAGAAUAAGAAGCAAGGUUGCCCAGCUGGGCAAGAA